UCUCAUGUGUAGUUUAAAAGUAAUGUAAGUCUUCUGUUGUCGUUAUUCUUGUGCCCGCUGACAGCCGACUACUACACAUCAACACACUUCUCUUCAAGAAAAGUCAAAUGGCAGACCGUGGGCUCUCUGCUGCCAGGGAGGCCGUCCUCAAGCCAAGUUGCGACCUCCCAGAGGACAUACCACAGAUCAAAGGGUACGACUUCAACCAGGGGGUCGAUCUCCAGGCUGUGCUGAACUCCUACAUCACCACGGGCUUCCAGGCCAGCAGCUUCGGGUUGGCCGUUCAGGAGAUCAACCUGAUGAUAGAGAAGCGCCUCGAGCCAGUGGAGGAGGAUGAAGGGAACGGGUCGGAUGAACACCGCAGCAAGUCGGGCUGCACCAUCUUCUUGGGUUACACCUCAAACCUCAUCAGCUCCGGAGUGCGAGAGAGCAUCCGCUACCUGGUGGAGCACAAAAUGGUGGAUGUGGUUGUGAGCACAGCUGGAGGCAUCGAGGAGGAUUUCAUCAAGUGUAUGGCGCACACAUACUUGGGAGAAUUCAGCAUGUCUGGCGCGGAGCUCCGCCAGAAGGGCAUGAACAGGAUAGGGAAUCUGUUGGUGCCCAAUGACAACUACUGUAAGUUUGAAGACUGGCUGAUGCCCAUCCUAGACCAGAUGCUGUUGGAGCAGAACACAGAGGGCACCCGUUGGACUCCCUCCAAAAUGAUCCAUCGGCUCGGCAAAGAGAUCAACAAUCCCGACUCUAUCUACUACUGGGCCUACAAGAACAACAUUCCGGUGUUCAGUCCGGCCCUGACGGACGGCUCUCUGGGUGACAUGCUCUACUUCCACUCUUUUAAGAACCCAGGCCUGAUUUUAGACAUCGUGGAAGAUAUUCGCAAGAUUAACAGCCAGGCGGUGUUUGCCAAAAGGACGGGCAUGAUCAUCCUGGGAGCGGGGCUGGUCAAACACCACAUUUGCAACGCCAAUCUGAUGAGGAAUGGAGCUGAACAUGCGGUGUUUGUGAACACGAGUCAGGAGUUUGAUGGCUCUGACUCUGGGGCCAGGCCUGACGAGGCCAUAUCCUGGGGCAAGAUUAAAGCAGAUGCCAAACCUGUGAAGUUGUACGCCGAUGCCUCUAUAGUCUUCCCUCUGAUCGUGGCCCAGACCUUCGCUCUCCACGCCGACAGGCUGAUCGCCAGCAAGAAAACCCCUUGAAUGGUUUCCCUGUUGAAGGCUCUGUGAGAGACGACCAGCUUUGUUCCUCCGGCUCUUCCCUUGUUGGACUCCGAGUAAAACCUUAAGUUGGAUCUUCUCAACAUUUCUGUUGAAAAUGCAAAAUUAAGAUUUGGCUACUUUAAAAAGAAGAGUCAGUGGUGAGGGUUUCCUGUUGUAAUGCUUUCCAUAAGGAUAUGUAUUUGUCUCUCUCUUCAGAUAGCUGAGAUGGGAGCAUGCUGUUGUAUGUACCAAAGAGACUGUGGAUAAUGUUUAGCCGAGUGUGUGAGUAUGAGAGAGAAUAGUAAUACACUCAAUUGUAUAAAAAAAAAGCUGGGAUUUAUUUGAGAAACUGUGGCAUGGCACUACCUCACUUGUAGGAUGGACGAUGUUUCUCUAACUUAAUGAGGACUAAAUUAAUAAUUUCUGUCUGUUACAGACAGACAGACAGAGUGUGAAGAGGAGAACACAAGAAAUAAGUGCUCACCGACAAUUACAUUUUAAGAUUCUAAGUUUAAAAUUACCUGUGGAGCUCCUCAGUUGCAUUUGGAAGAUACAAACUGCAGAAAGGGUUUCAGUGGUUGGACACUUUAAUAGAAACACCUGUACAAUCAAUUGCUGUUUAAUAAGUUUUUGGUGACCUGGAAAAUCUGUAAAUUCGACUCCAUGUUUAUUAAAGGCGUUGUGUUUUAAACUGCA